CGACCGCGUCAGCCGCGUGUCCCGAGUGCCUUGUACUCGGUUUGUGAGAACAUUCCCAGAGAGAGAGAUACUCCCCGCGUCGUCACUGCGUGUGUGUUUCUUGUUUGGUAGAGAAAGAAAAAAAACGAAGCUCCACAAUGAAUAAAAAGGCGAUCAGUUCGUGUUUGUUGCUAGUGGUACUGGUGUUAGUGGGCAAAGCACACGGUCAGAUGCAGUGCUACGUUUGUGAAGGAUGUCCCGAUCCUUUCGAGGGUACCGCCCAACAGCGACAGCCAUGUCCGGAUCCGGCAACCACACCACCACCCGGCGGCGAAACGACUACGAUCAUUCUAACGCCUCCGCCACUGCCCGGUGACACGACAGCACCAACGACCGAAACACCGCCAACACCACCGAUCAUCACUCCGCCUCCGUUCCCUGGACGCCGACGGCGGCGUGAGGCAGCCACAAGUUACGCGUCUACCCAUCGCUGCUACCGUAUUGAACACAAUAACAUCGUGCGCCGGGGUUGCGUAGCGUAUUUAAACAGCCAGGCCGACACGUGCAUGUCGGUGAACGGUGGUGAGACACCGACUGACUGCAGACUCUGUGACUGGGAUGGCUGCAACAGUGCUUCCGGUCUGCGGGCAUCCCUGUUCGCCAUGCUAAUAGCGGCACUGCUGGCCACGUUCCUGAGGACAUAAUGUCCCGCCAUAGCCCUCAUCUACUCCCAUAGAAACACACCCACACUAGCCUGUAAGUUGCGUACAUCAUCACUCAGCGGUCUAGAGGAUCAUCGGAAACCCUCCAGUGGUCAGCCCAGAUCGUUCUGUCCCCCACCCCAAACAACGUACCAUGAGCACAAUUGGACACAUGGAAGAUAGAUUUUGUAGGAACAGGCGGAACAAUUUAAUAAACUCGCUUGUUUGAG